GACGUGUUGUUGUCAUGUCAAGCGUUUUGACGUGUAUGAACAGCUGUCAGUUUUUCCGAAUAAGUUUUGAGAAUUGCAAAUAAUGAGAAGGAAAAAAUAAUUUAUUCCACAAAUAAUCACUAUUAGGACUUGGAAUUUUUAGUUUAUUCAUGUGAAAUAUAAAAAAAAAUCAAAGAUGGUUCUUAUGACUAUGAUAGCAAGAGUGAUCGACGGCCUCCCAUUAGCCGCUACCAUGCAAGAAGAUGAACAGAGCGGCUGCAAUGUUCUGGAGUAUCAGAAUCAGGCAAAAAUGCUGUUUAAGAAACUAGGCCCACAGUCACCACUACGCUGCUCCAUCGAAACUGGGCCUUAUCUUUUCCAUUAUUUAAUUGAAAACGAGAUCUGCUACUUAGUAUUGUGUGAACGAAACUACAGCAAAAGGCUAGCAUUUAGCUAUCUAGAAGAAAUUGCACAAGAAUUUUAUCAACAGUACGGAAAGAGGGUGAACACAGUGACCCGUCCUUACACGUUCAUCGAGUUCGACACGUGGAUGCAGCGCGCUCGGAGACAGUACGGCGCCGACGGGGCGCGGGCGAGGCGCGCCGCCACCGGGGGCGGGGCCGCCGCCGCGCUGGGCGGACAGCUGGGCGACGUGCAGCGCAUCAUGAUGCAGAACAUCGACGACGUGCUGCAGCGCGGCGCCGUGCUGGCCGAGUUGGACACAAAGACGCAGAACCUAUCUAUGAUGUCGCAGAAGUACAAGAAGGACGCCACAUACUUAAACACCAAAUCUAUGCUGGUAAAGGCCACUGCUGCAGCGGUCGUACUCCUAGUGUUCGUGCUCUACUUCUGGGUCCUGUAGACUGAUUUGGUAACGGAACAAAACCACAGACAAACUUGCGCAGAAAACGUUUUUGUAUUUAUAAAAUUGCUACUGCGCAUGCUCCGUUGUCUAUGGUUGAUGCUCAAGAAGUUUGUCGGGGUGUACAGCUGCCCACAAACUCUUCGAAGUGCAAAGCCGGUGCUGCACUUGGUUAUUCGUAUUUGCUAUUCGUGAACUUGACGAGUAUGUACUUAUUUAACAUGCUUUGUAAGGACAUGAAACAUAUUCGCUAACAGGUUUUGACAGGUGGAAAUUAUCACCGAGGUGUUUACUGAUUCACUACUACGCUUUAUUAUAAUGCCAAUAAGACAUUGGUGCGAAUUCU